AUGGUUUUGGGCUGGGAUACUUUGGUUUCUCAAAACCAAGUUUUUGAAAUAGGUUUUUUCUCACCUGGAAAAUCUCUAAAUAGAUUCUUGGGAAUAUGGUACACGAGCACACUUGAAGUUGUAGUCUGGGUUGCAAACAGAAACGAUCCCAUCACUGCCUCACAUGCACCACUUUUCAUGCUUUCCAGAAAUGGGAGUCUUGUUAUAAGCAAUGACAAAAGCAUUAUCUGGUCCGCGAGUUCAUCCGGGGUAGCAAGAAAUCCAGUUUUACAGCUGCUGGAUUCUGGAAACUUGGUUGUUGUAGACAACACAAUGGAAGGCUACCUAUGGCAGAGCUUUGAUUAUCCAACUGACACCUUCUUGCAGGGGAUGAAAUUGGUCGAUGAUGCAGAUUCAGGUGUGGAGAGAUAUUUGACAUCAUGGAGAAAUGCUGAUGACCCUUCUCCUGGGGAGUUCAUAUUCAGGAUCGAAAACAAGGGCUUGCCUGACAUGGUGACUCGAAGAGGGACGGUGAAAGUAUACCGAAUGGGAAAGUGA